AUGAAAUACAGAAAUUAUUAUUUUGAUAGCUUCAUAUCAAAUUCAAGUUCAUAUUCUCACCAUAAAAUAAUCCAACUUCGAUCACAACUUCAGCAAUUUAUUAAAAUCUUAAAGUUUGAUGGUGGUGUCUUUGGUAAUGUUUGGGAAUAUAUAUGUACAUUGAAAAGCUAUAUUGAUAUUGAUAUUGGUCAUCGUCGUAGAAGAUGCUGUUAUAUUUACUCUAAAAAUAAAUUAUAUUACCUUAAACUGAUUCGAUUUACCAAAUUUAUUAGUUCUGAACUGGUAAUGGAGUUCCAAAUUGAUGAUGAGAUAUUUUUUGAAUUUAAUGUUAUGUUUGGUUUAAUUCUACCACCAAUGGCAUUAUUAGUAUUGGCACUAACUGAAGAAUUUGGUGAUUGGCUAUUUUGA